AGCAGUGAGGGAGAGUUGGAGAGUUUUCAGGCGGUGAAGGGUUAAGCUCGCCACACACUCUCUCUCUCGCUGGCUGCUCUCUGUCCACUGCGUUCAGCGGAAAACAUCUGACUCCUUCUCGUUUUCCGUGGCUGUGUUUGUUGAGUUUGGGUCUUUUUUUUUUUUUCUUGCGCCGUGGCCGCGGAGACAUCGCGGGAAACCAAACAAGUCUAAGCUGAAGCAGGAGAAGCAGCAGCAGCAGCAGCAGGAGAAGCAGCAGAAGCAGAAGCGGCGUUUCGUGUCCGGCAGGAUCUCACCGACUCAGUCACUGACACAGCAUGUGCGGGUGUUAGGAGGAGUCAUCUGCCCGGUUGACCUCGCUGUCCCUGAACACAGAGUCGCCGUCUGCUUUCCCCCCCCCCGACCGUCUUCUCCUCCAGUGAGGCUCUCUCCGCACACGAUGUCAGCAGAGGUGGAGAACAGCGCGGCAGUCCCCGCCGACCCCAGCGCCACCUCACCGACGACGAGCUCAUCCUCCACCACGCCUCCAGCCUCCCCUGCCACAGCCACGUCCAAGGUUCCGUUCAAAAGAGAGAAGAAGAAAGCUCCGGAGAAAACGGAUGAGUACCUGCUGGGCAGGUUUCAAGGUGACGGUGUGAGAUACAAGGCCAAGCUGAUUGGCAUCGAUGACGUCCCAGAGGCAAGAGGAGACAAGAUGUGCCAGGACUCCAUGAUGAAACUUAAGGGCAUGGCAGUUGCUGCUCGGUCCCAGGGCAAACACAAGCAGAGGAUCUGGGUCAACAUUUCCAUGUCGGGAAUCAAGAUCAUCGAUGAGAAAUCAGGGGUGAUUGAGCACGAGCAUGUGGUGAACAAGAUCUCCUUCAUCGCCAGAGAUGUAACAGACAACAGGGCGUUUGGGUAUGUGUGUGGUGCAGAGGGGCAGCACCAGUUCUUCGCCAUAAAGACCGCACAACAGGCCGAGCCGCUGGUCAUUGAUCUGAAAGAUCUCUUCCAAGUCAUCUUCAACGUUAGGAAGAAAGAGGCAGAGGCCUCGCAGAAGGGUGAAAAUGGCAGUGCACUGGUUGAGAAUGGAAAUAGUGCCUUGUUAAGUAUGGAUGAUGUCAAACCUGCUCAACCAGUGGAGCAGCUUGACCUUUUUGGAGCCAUGUCAACCCCUCCAGACAUUCAGGCUCCAAAUGACUCAAAUGAUAUUCUCUUGUUGGACUUUUCUGCUGAAGUUGACAGCAAUCAGAAUUGCAUAAAGGGAAACUCCUUUGUAACUUCCUGUGGCCCCGACAAUAGGGCAUCUUUCCAGACAGAGAAUCCCUUCUCCUCGACAUUUGGUUACUUUCCAACCCCAGACAGCGACCCUUUUAGAGAUGACCCCCUCUCUCGGCCAGCACCCGAUCCUUCCCAGAUCUUCCUCACCACCAGUCCCGUAAACAGCACUGCUGGCAGCACUAAUGAGACAAUUAUCAACGGUGGUUUGAAUGGAAACUCUGAACUUCUUAGUCAGCAGAUAAAUGGGUUAACCGGCAAGACCAUGAUCCUUGCUCUCAGUAACGGACAGUGGCCACUAGGGGGCAAAAUAACUCAAGGCAGCACAACGACCAUGAUGGAUGGGAAUGAUUCUGGACCAGUUCUCUCGCACAAAAACCCCUUUUUUGACUCGUCUUUGAAAACAUCCGCUGUCACUAACGGCAUAGCUCAUCACACACAGCCCCCUGUGACCCAUAGCAAGGAUUCAGUUGUCAUAAACCCGCCUCCACAGAGCUCUAAGGCAGGACGAGGUCGAAGGAGUGCAAAGUCAACAUCAAGUGACCUGUUUGGAGCAGAGAUUUUUGCUGCUCCUGUUCAACCGGAGGAAUCGCCUGCUCCGAGCAACUUUUUCAACAGUGCACCUGCCAACUCCGCCCCCUCCUCCCUAGCUGCGCUGGGGAAUCUUCAGCUAAGUCCUCCAGCGACCACAAGUAUCCCUGCUGCAGGCAUGUGGGGAGCCUCCGCCGCUGCACCCAACAUGUUUCCUGUGCCAGGUAUGACCGCUCCAGGCCCCAGGCCCAACUACCCACAGCCAUCUGCAUUUGGUGGUCUACCCAUACCACCCACAGCCUGGGGUCAGCCAGUGCCAUCCCAGUUUGGUGUCCCACCCCAGGUUUGGGGCCAGCCUCCACCACCUGGUCCACUGGGUGCUCCAGGUUGGGGUCAGCCUGCAGUGACCAAUCCUUUCCACCCUGGAACAUUCCCUGCAAUGGUUGACCAGCAAGGUCCGUCACGUCCACCUCCCAGGCCGCCUGCUAAAGAGGCUCCUCCAAAGGUAGAGAACAGUGCCUUCACAGCUUUGGACCCUCUUGGAGAUAAAGAAAAGAAGAUGGGAAAGGACAUGUUUAAGGAUUUCCAGAUUGUCAAGCCUCCAGCCAUUCCAGCGAGGAAAGGGGAGCUUGGGUCCAACUCUGUUCCGGCCUCCGGCAGCAAUGAAGCUGGGGCAUUUGAUCAGUACUUUUCCAAUAAAGUGGGUGUGCCUCAGGACGCUGCAGAUCAUGAUGACUUUGAUAUCAAUCAGAUGCCAGCAGUUAAUGAUAUCCCUAAACCUGCACCUGCUUCAGCUGCAGCCCUGGUUCCAAGCUUCAACUCUGGCCUUCUCGAUUCUGCCUUCUCUUCUGCUCCUGUCUCCAAAAACUUAGCACCGUCCCAGGGACAAGGCUUCAAUCCGGACAUGUUUGAUGAUGCAUUCGGGGCUCCAAACUCUAAUUCAUUUGGAGUGCCACCUGUAACUAUGCAGACUGCUACUGUUGGUCAGACUUCUGGUUCAACAGCCGGCUUUGGAGAUCCUUUUGGAAACCCUUUUGCUUGACCACAGCUUUCUUCUCAUGAAAUUAGAGUGAAUGGAGAUCUUCACGUCUUUGGGACAAUCAGCUGCCUGCCUGAGACAAUCUAAAAGUCUUCUGACUGUUGUCUCUCCUUUUUUUUACGCCUCCCUCUGAUACCAUUGUUUCCUGUCCUGUUAGUAGUUCUGUCAUUUCUGAAGACCACUUGAUCUUAGAAGUAAAUGUUGUGUCAUGAUCUGCUGAAGAAAGAAAUGGGAUGUAUGAGAGAAGGCAUGUCCAAAGAGGCUCUCUGCGGAUGUUGUGUGUAUUAAAGAAAUAAAAAUAAUUCAACCAUAA